AUGCAUCCUCUUGACCCCCUAACACCGUCUGAGGUGGCCGUCGCAGCCAAUCUCAUCAAACGCCACAACUCCGGCGAGAGUGUGCACUUCAAAAAUAUCACACUAAUAGAGCCUCCCAAGAAGGAGUUGAGAAAGUUCCUAGUAGCGGAGCGAAAUGGCUCUCCUCGGCCCCCUAUUCCUGCUCGGCGAGCAUCUUCAUUAUAUUAUAUCCGAGGAACUGCAGACUUGUAUCUCGCAACAGUCGACCUUGGCAAUGCAAAGCUAGAGCAGGCAGAGAAGCUCGACUCUCGUUACCACGGUCAAGCUGAUAUGGAUGAGGUGAUUGAGUGCUAUCUAUACGCCAAAGACAAGUCACAUCCUGGGUCAAACUCUUAUGACAAUCCUCUUCCAUUCUCGCCAAUCAUUGACUACAUCACCAAAGAGCUUGUCGCUAUUAUUGAUCUGCCCCUUGGAGCGGACCAUGCUGUGACACCAGACGUCAAGUAUAUCCCUCGUCCUCCCAGGGAAUGGCAUCACGAUCUCCAAUCUGAGCCAAAGAGAACUGAUCUUAAACCGCUCACUGUUCAUCAACCCCUUGGCGCCUCGUUCAAUGUUGAUGGACAUCUGGUGACUUGGCAGAAGUGGCGUUUCAGAAUUGGCUUCAACUGGCGAGAAGGCAUGGUCUUGCAUGACGUAACCUAUGACGGCCGGGAGCUAUUCCAUCGCCUAAGCUUGAGCGAGAUGUUCGUACCUUAUGGUGACCCUAGGACGCCGUACUCAAGGAAAAGCGUUUUCGAUGUCGGUGACAUUGGAGCUGGCGUUGCUGCCAAUAACUUGGCACUGGGAUGUGAUUGUCUGGGACUCAUCAAGCCCAAUGCCAUUUGCAUGCAUGAGAUCGACGACGGCAUCGGAUGGAAGCACACUGAUGGCGCCACUAAGCAAGUCUCUAUUGUGCGAUCGCGUGUGCUCGUUUUGCAGACUAUUAUCACUGUCGGUAAUUACGAGUACAUUUUUAUGUGGCACCUAGACCAGGCAGCUGCAAUCCACUACCGCAUCCAGGCCACGGGUAUUCUGUCUACCGUACCCAUUGCCCCUGAUGUGAAGGUUCCGUGGGGUACCAACGUCAACCAUGCCGUGAUGGCCCCCUAUCACCAGCACGUCUUCUCUUUGAGAAUUGAUCCGACCCUCGAUGGCGACAACAACAGUUUCAUUGAGGAAGACUCGGUCCCCAUGACAUUCGACGACAACAACCCCGUUGGUGUGGGAUACAUCACCGAAAAGAGAGUCCUUUCAACCUCCGGAAGUUCGAAGGCUCAGCCGAACCGUGUGCACAAGAUCAUCAACCCCUCGAUCAUCAACAAGAUUUCGGGAAAUCCUGUGGCGUAUUCUAUUCACAGCCCGCAGAAACAGAUGCUGCUGGCCCAUCCUCAGUCAUGGCAUGGGAAGCGUGCAAAGUUUGCAUUCCAGCCAUAUUGGGUAACUACCUACCGCGAUGGCGAACUGUUUGCUGCUGGCGACUAUACCUAUCAGUCACUUCCAGAUGAUAUCCCAAGAGGUGCAAAUAUUCCGAGAAAGGGAGAUCUAGCAGCAUGGGCUGGGCGGAACGACAAAGUCAAUGAUGAGGACAUCGUCUUGUGGCAUUCAAUCAGCUUGACGCACAACCCUCGCCCCGAAGAUUAUCCAGUGAUGCCUUGCGAGACGAUGAUGAGCGGCAAGGUCAGAUUAAAGACUCUUGCUGUGGGCCGAAGCUUUGAAGCGAUCGGCUUGAACUGA